AUGGUACACCUUGUGGCUGUACCAGAGACAAUCACGGCAAGUGGCUGUGCUUGUGUCUUUAUUGACACCAUCUUCCGACUUCAUGGGUUGCCCCGUGAACUCGUAUCAGACAGAGAUCCACGAUUCACAGCUGAUUUCUGGCGUUCCGUGUUCAAAUCACUCGGAACGCGCUUGAAGAUGUCAACAUCUGAUCAUCCAGAGUCAGAUGGUCAGACGGAACGUGCCAAUCGUGUCCUUGAAGAGAUACUUCGAGGAUACGUACACUCCUUUAAGAGUUGGAGUGAGUUUUUGCCAAUGGUAGAGUUUGCCAUCAACAACUCGGUGCAUGCGUCCACGACACAUACACCGUUUUACGUGAAUAGCUUGCGCCAUCCGCGUGUACCCACCUUACUAGAGUGUAACUCUGGUUUAAGGGGGGGGACUCGCGCGAGCAAAAACCGAUUUGGUUCACGCUCAUCACGCUCUGACGAAGAAGUCAUUGCGUUUGAUGCCGAUAUCGAUAACAUCGAUAUCGAAGAAGAUGAUGCCAGUGAGAGUGCGGAAGCCCUCACUGAAGAAGAUGAUCCCAGUGAGAGUGCGGAAGCCCUCACUGAAGAAAAGGUUGAUGUUGCUGCAGUGCGCUCACAGCACACUGAAGAUAACGAGUCAUCAGAUGAGUUCAUACUGGCUCGUGAAACGGUAGUCCGUUUUGUGCAAGACUCCAUCGCCGAAGCGGUGGAUGAGCAAAAGCAAAACGCUGGCAAGAAUGGAAGGGCAAACACUCUUUUAUUUAAUAAAGGUGAUUAA